GGAGGUGGCAUUGCCAACGACGCAAGAGAAAGAUUUUAGUUUACCCAAUGGAAGAAACAUUUUGGAGAGUAUAUGGCAUCCCACAAGUGCCUGAACCUGACCCGCUACACUCUUCCACCGUCAAUCCAACGGAAUGCGCUGCCUCCUCCACCACUGCCGUUACCACCAACGCGACGAGAACAGCGACGAAAAAGAGGUUUCUCAUAGGAAAUGGUGGAGGGUCCAUAAAGUACCGCGGAGUUCGCCGCAGGCCAUGGGGCCGUUAUGCUGCCGAGAUACGUGACCCAAAGUCCAAGGAGAGGCGGUGGCUCGGGACCUUUGACACGGCAGAAGAAGCUGCUUGUGCCUAUGACCAUGCUGCUCGAGCCAUGCGUGGGAUCAAGGCUCGAACCAAUUUUGUUUACCCUGCCGCUGUGCCUCACACCGCCAACGACCCUUUUCUUACUCCGUUCAACUCGGUUAACCAUUUUGGGUACUCUUUGGCCCGGCCAUUGUUUGGUAUGCCUCCAGUUAACCAGUUUCCGUUUAUCAAUGGAACAUCUUCUACAAGCAUUUUGGCUGCCACUACCUCCUUGAAUCUCUCAACCAAUCCUUCUCCAUGGUUAAGCCACAGCAACUGUGCUGCUACUUCAUUUACUGGAUCCACCAUGACUCUUCCUCUCAAGGAUAAGAAUUCGAGUCGAGUUGUGCCUGCACCAGCUGCCAUCUCCAAUUGUGAAGCCGAUGACGUGGGAUUUUUCACACAGGACCCUUCUGGUUCAGGCCUGUUGCAGGAGAUCAUUCAAGGCUUCUUACCCAAACCCACCUUAAACUAGCAUGUGU